CCCUCCCUCGAGGGUCAGCUUCAUCCAAGUGCCUCAGCGACUCGGUACGAUGUCUCCUGAUCGGCUGCUUCCUGAUCAGGAGACGGCGUACCUGAUCCCAGAGGUAAUGGGAUGAAACGACCCGAGACUGCAAUACUCUACACAGAGACGCCCCACCGAUCGCUCUCUCACUCACUCACUCACUCCCCUGUAACCAGCCACGCAUCCUCAUACAUACGAAGAGCCAUCCCUGUUCUCCCUCCCCCUUUAUCGGCCAUGCGGCUGCGACACCUUCCUGUUGGUGCCCUGCCCGUACGGCACCCCCUGGCCGCCAGGAGGCCCCGGCUGCUGCUGCAGGUGCGCAUACCCGCCGCUGACAUGGGGCGGCGCGAUCUGGAAGGGAUGUGGCGACGCCAUGCCAGUGGCCAGCGGGGGGCGAAACUGGGCGUAGGCAGGGGGCGAGUACGAGUAGAAGGCCGGGCGAGCGAUGCCCCCACUGGUGGGCGACCGCGGCAUGGCUGGUGGUGGUGGCCCGGCUGGGAAGUGCGGGACGAAUGGGUGCGGAGGGGGGCUGUAGGUGAUGCUGCCCUCGUGCGGGAUGGCCUCAUGUCCACCAACACCACCAGCAGACGACGGCACAUGCUGCGAUGUGCCAGCGGACGUCACCCCACCUGCAGCAACAUAGGCGUGCACCACAGGCGCAGGGGCGCCCUCACCAACCGAGUACGACAGCGACGGCAUGAGCGGGGCCGCUGCCUUCGCUGGCGGCUCCGUCACGCCACUCCCCUUCUCGACAGCCUCCUGGGGCACCUCGUCCCCCUCUCCCGUCAUCUUGCGGCUCUCCUCACUGGCCUCGUGGUCGACAGAGGGAGGUGAAGGCGACCCAGGUCCACUGCCUGCACGCGGCUGCCCACCGGUCCUCUUGCCCUCUGCCGUCGCCUUCCCUUUUGGCUUGGCCUUGCCGGCAGCCGCACUUGACGGACGGGGGGGCUGCUUGGCGGCCGUCGCGCUGGCCGGCUUGGUCUUGGGCGGCGGCGGCGGCGUCGACUUGGCCGUAUGUUUGGCUGCAGGCUUGGCCUUUGCUGGGGGAGGCUUCGGGUGCGCAUCAGAGCCUGAAACAAAAUGAUAAAUCAGACGACAGAAAUGAGAGCCCAGAUGCUACUCAGAUGUGUUGGUGUUUGCGCACCAGCAAUGCCAUCUGUGGUCUCGCUCUGCGCCUCCUCGGGCGAUUCCGCCGGGUCCCGCCCUGCCCCCGCCUCGUGCAGCAUUGCUGCCGCUGCUGCCGCGACAGUCACGCCCUCACCGUCACCACCACCACCAGCAGGCGCCGUGCCCGCCUCGUCCUCCCCACCCGUGGAUUGCUGCUGUGGCGCCAGCGUUGGCGGCAGGUGCAGGCGGGGCACUGCGCGGCUGGAGCCAGCCGCGGCCUUGGGCACCAUCAAAUGAAGCUGCAAACAGUGAAGGCGAUAUGAGAUUAUCACAGGCCUGUCAGAGUGUGGUUGGUGUGUGCGCGUGUAUACCGUGGCUGGUCCCGGGGGCGAUUGAGCGUCACUAUCGAAGGGUGCCGCCUCGGAGAAUGGCGAGGCCGAUGGGAGAGGGGAGGCCGCCGCUGUAGAGGGACUCACUGGCUCCCUCUCCUCUGACAUAUCCAACAGGUAAAAAGAUGUGAUCGGCGAGCAGAUGCCAGCCGUAAUUAAGCGUCGCUGACCAGCAGGGUGCAGCCUCAUGUACUCGUUGAGUCGUGUGGUGGCCUCGUCGCGGUCGAGCUGGGCCUGGUGGAACGCACUGGUCGCCUUCAACAGCUUCUCCUCGAGCAACUUGUGCUGCACACAGACCACACCCCGUGGGUGUAGAUGUUGGCCGCGGUGGGUGUAGAUGGCUUACUUGUUUCUCCAUUUCUUGGAUCCGCUCCAUCUGCUGGACUCGGAUGGCGUCGAGCCGGAUGGCCUCCUGCUCGUAGUGCCGGGCCUUGCCCAACAUGUCAUCGGCGUGUUGACAACCAAACACUGCAACCACACACACGAGCACACAGAGCACUCAUUCAUUCCCUCUCCUCUCGAGCUGUGUGCUGUGCUUACAGUUGUUAGGAAAGAUGCCUAUGAUGACCUCCCCCUCCUCGAUGCGGUCAGUGGACGCACAUGACGGGGCAGGCUCCUGCCCGUCGUCCUUGGGGUGCACUUUGGUGCAGCGAUAAAGAGCGAUUUUGUCGGCAGGGAUGAGGGUGCCCAGGUUUGCCGUCACGCCCAUGGCCUCGCUGAAGUGCUCCACCUGAACAACAGGCCCAAGGAGCGCAUCAACGCGUUUCCGUGCCUUUUUCGACGACUUGCUGUCGUCUAUGUGGCUGCCCCUCUGCUCACUGCUUGUUCGACGGUGCAUGACUGCAGCUUGAGGUCGGUGGCAUGCAGCCCAGCAUACAGCUUGAUCGGCAUCGCGCUCCUCUGUGACGGGGUCACCCGCACCGAUUCGCACUGAUGCCUUACGCGCCUUGAAUGGAUGGGAUUGAUGGACAGCUGAUGGACCAACUCACA